AUGGCUCCCUUCGAUCUCGACGCGUGUAUAGAGCAGCUACUGCGGAAGCAACUUCUUCACGAAGCUCUGUUACGCGAAAUAUGCGAGAAAACUAAGGAAGUUUUGAUGAGAGAGUCAAACGUAGUGCAUGUGAGUGCUCCUGUGACUGUCGUUGGAGACAUUCAUGGCCAGUUUUACGAUCUCAUAGAGAUAUUCCGCAUCGGAGGAUAUGCACCGCACACAAACUACUUGUUUUUGGGUGAUUAUGUCGAUAGAGGUCUCUUCAGCGUCGAAACCAUAUCACUUCUCACGUGUCUCAAGUUGCGGUGGCCAGAUCGCGUUCAGUUAAUUCGCGGUAACCACGAAUCCAGGGCCGUUACGCAAACGUACGGGUUUUAUACGGAGUGUGUUCGGAAAUAUGGGUCUUCACACGUGUGGACCUAUUUCACGGACAUGUUUGACUUCUUGACCCUGUCUGUCGUCAUCGAUGAUCGGAUAUUCUGUGUUCAUGGAGGUCUCUCACCGUCCAUUCACUCGGUGGAUCAGAUCAAGGUAGUGGAUCGAUUUCGAGAAAUUCCUCACGAGGGUCCGAUGGCCGAUCUCGUCUGGUCAGAUCCGGAUGCUGAGAAAGAAGACUUUGCUAUUUCUCCAAGGGGUGCAGGGUACACGUUUGGUUCAGGCGUCGUGCACAAGUUCCUUGAGACAAACAACAUGUCUCACAUUCUGCGAGCACACCAGCUGUGUAUGGAAGGAUAUUCAUCGCUUUUUGAUAAGCAUCUCUCUACAGUCUGGUCAGCACCAAACUAUUGCUAUCGCUGUGGGAAUUCUGCUAGCAUUCUCGAAGUAGGGCCGGGAGAGACGAUGUAUUUCAAUGUCUUCGAGGCUGCCCCGGAAAACGAACGCGACGGGCCAAGUCAUCAGGCUGUUCAGAAUGCUGGUGGAAAGCUCCCUGAAUACUUCCUUUAGCUCACCACCAGAUAUCGCCGUCCAUGUCGAUGGCGGUGAUGAUGGGCAAUGAUGAUAUCUUCUCAGCAGAUGACACGGGCUAGAAGUUCCAACAUUCACUUUUCCCACCGCGGUGUGACAGGUUGUUACGACUUCUGCACUCGAUCAGCUGACUACUCGGCCUGGCCCACGAAUUUGUUACCCACAUUCGGAGACCUCGCACUGUGACACGAUACCCGUAGC